AUGUCUGACUCCGUUAUCUACAGCUUCCAUCCGGAGGGAAGGGUCAUCUUUGUUCUGACGGAGCCAUCCACACCCUCAGACUCCCCUCAUGGAGAAAAUCACGAUGGCGACUUUGGAUUCGCUCCAGCGCGUUUGAGCACUGGUGUUUCGCAGCGUUCGUACAUCGAUCCGGCCGAACUGGCUUGUGAAGAUGAUUCCAAGUUGUCGUCGACAACCACUCUUAUCCUAAAGAAUGAGAUCCGAGAAAGCAAAAAGAGUCCCUCUGCAGCCGCUCAAGCCCCCAACAAAUACCUCAUUCAGGCAUCAGAGAAACAUCUCGUCCUGUCCUCGCCCGUGUUCAAACAGAUGCUCUGCGGCCUGUGGAAAGAGACCAUUGACCUCGGAACAGAGGGGUUCAUCCGGUUCGAGAUCAAGAACUGGAAUCUGCAGCCCUUCCUCGUCUUGCUCCAAGUCAUGCAUGGUCGACCAGCACCCAAGGGUCUCGACGUCGACACAAUCGCUGACGUGGCGCUGUUAGCCGACUACUACCAGUGCCUGGAAGAGUUUCGUCGUUGCAUGCGUGGAUGGCUGAAAGAGGCCAAAAGAACCCUGCAUCCAUCGCACAAAACCUAUACCAAAUGUCUCUGGGUCUCUUGGAUAUUGCGCAGUGCGACCAAUUUCAAGGACUUUGGCAAUCUCGUGGUAUACUUUGCGGAAGAUCUGAUUGAGGGGGAUGGACUGCCGUUCCAUCCUGUCGUGCUGGACAAGCUGAACGCAGCCCGGAAGAAGGCCCUCACUCCAAUCAUCCGUCGCCUACCGAUGCACUACAACAGCGAGAGGCCCGCGGAAUGGGUUCACCGGGGCUUCUGCGGCGAAUGCGCCACACUGCUGAGCGGAUUGCUGGAGCUGGACGUUAGACAGGCCACGCGCGAGGCAUAUCCAGUUGCACCAUUCUCUGGCUUGAGCUUUGCUAAGCUAGUCGUUACGGAGUGUCGAGGACGCCGGUGCCAGGAUAUGGGGAUCAUUCAUAUGGAGCGGAUGUACCAGACUGUGGACCACAGCGAUGCUGGGUCGGUGUCUCGGUUUGUCCGCAAGCUGAAUAUCAAGCCAAUCACUUUGGAGGAUUGCCUGAAGAAGAUGGCUAAGUAG